AACCCUGAGUGAAAAAGAAAGUGUAGCUACACGGACUAUUUACACUACAGUUAUAGUCGUUCGAUAAUGUUGUUUAGCAUACUUGUUUCAUGUUCUUUCGUUUGUUUCUACUUUAUUUUGUUAAAAAUUAUUUACUACAGACAUUCAAGGACUUCAUGGAAUAAGCAUUUGUUUGAAUUAUACCGAAGAAAAGCUGGACGAUCUCGUACCUGUGAAAAUACAGCUAGAAAUGAGAUGUGCCCAUGGCAAUCUGGACAUAAUAACUCUCUUAAUGAAAUCCGAGCACUCCUAGUCACUGCACAUCCAGAUGAUGAGUGCAUGUUCUUUGCACCUACAAUUUUACGGCUCUUGCAAUUAAAUGCAUCAGUGAAUUUGUUGUGCUUGUCUUCAGGCAAUUACUACAAUCAAGGAGUGCACCGGCAAAGGGAGCUUCGUGAUAGCUGUGCUGUGUUGGGGAUCCCAGCCUCUCAAGUCACCAUCAUAGACUGCAAGGAACUUCCAGAUGAUCCCAAAAAGGAGUGGAACAUUCAUGUCAUCUCUUCCCUCAUCCUGAAGCAAGUUAAAGCCAGCUCUAUCAACCUGGUCCUGACCUUUGACGGAAGAGGAGUGAGUGGCCAUGCCAACCACAUAGCCAUUUACCGGUCCCUCAGAUAUCUGGCCUCCACUGGAGAAAUACCUGAUGGAGCAGGUGUCUCUCCCUACCCCACAGGCUGCUGCGUGCUCUCGCUGCAAACGGUAAAUGUGAUCAGGAAGUACCUUUCCGUCCUGGAGCUUCCCAUCACCUGGCUCUGCCGGUCAGACGUCUCCUUCCUCAUUGGGUCAGAGGAGUACAAGCAAGCAAAGAGGGCCAUGUUUUGUCACCGGAGCCAGCUUCUGUGGUUUCGCCACCUCUACUUGCUGCUUUCCCGUUACAUGUUCACCAACACAUUCCAAGUUAUCUCUCAGGAAGAAAAAGACUGGAAAAUCUAUUAGCUUCUCAUUUCAGUCAUGAGCCUAUGGUUCACUGCUAAUCUUUUGUUACUUUGGAGAUCUUAUAAUGAUUCCUUUAUGUGCACUGAAUCUAACAUGUCACAACACUGUUUUAUGUGUAAGGGGGAUAAGCACUGAUUAUGAAUGUAUGGUGUCAUGGCUUUAAUUUCUUUCCUUAUUGUUAAUACUUUUUGAGGCCUUCAAUAAACAUUUUGCAUAUCUGA